AUGGACGAGAUUCUAAGCAUACAGUCACCAGUAAGCUUUGAUGAGUCAUUGGCACACUAUGAGCUGCACGCUCAUCAACCCUACACGGUUUCAUCGUACAACAACAGCGACGAGAUUCGCAUCGCCAUUCAACAUCAAGAUUUGAGCCUUUUACCGUCUCGUAGUUCGCUGCACAUUUGCUGUAAAUUAACGAAACCAAAUGGUACUGCUCUAGCACGUACUAAGCUUGUAAACAAUGCUAUCUGCCACAUGUUCGAAGAGAUCAGAUAUGAAAUGAAUGCUGUAGAAAUCGACAGGUGUAAAAACGUCGGUUUGACCACAGUCAUGAAAGGCUGGAUUUCACACAAUCCCAGUCAAAGUUUAAUAAUGGAAAACGCAGGUUGGUUAGACAUUGCAGAGACUAAAUCACUGACCAAUGCCUCCGGCUACUUCGACGUCAACAUACCGCUGAGUAUGAUAUUCGGGUUUGCCGAAGAUUACAGAAAGAUCGUAGUCAACGUGAAACACGAGCUCGUACUAACGAGGUCUCGAAACGAUUUGAAUGCAAUUAUUCAGACAGCAACCCUGGCGGAUGGUGUCGCUACCUUCGAGGAAUAUAAAUUAGAAUUGACAAAAAUUGAAUGGCUCAUGCCAUACGUCGUAGCAUCCAACACUAAUAAAAUUCGACUUCUAAAUUACAUAGAAAAGAACCGUCCGAUUAGUAUGAGUUUCCGCAGUUGGGAGCUAUACGAGUACCCGAUUCUUCCAACCUCGACUAAAAACGUGUGGACUGUCAAGACUUCCAAUCAGUUGGAAAAACCACGCUUCGUGAUUUUAGGAUUCCAAACUAAUCGUAAGAAUCAGCAAGCUCAGAAUGCCAGUCAAUUCGACCAUUGCGAUAUAAGCAACGUCAAGCUUUUCCUUAACUCGCAGUACUAUCCAUACGGCAACUUAAAUUUGGACAUCAACCGUUAUCAAUAUGCCGUAUUGUACGAUAUGUUUGCGAAUUUCCAGAGCCUCUACUACGACAAAGUUUCAGAGCCUGUCGUAAAUAAGAACGAUUUUAUUUCACGCUUACCACUCAUAGUAAUCGACUGUUCGAAGCAGAACGAGUCAUUGAAAAAUGCUCCAGUUGACGUUCGUCUUGAAUUCGAAUCUCGAGACAACUUCCCAGCUGGAACCUCAGCUUAUUGCUUGAUCUUACACGAUCGCAUAGUUCAGUAUAACCCUGUCAGCGGUGACAUCAAGAUACUCAUAUAA